UGAAUUCCUCAUUCUCGAUGUCUUUGAGUCUCAUCACCAGACACCUCAGCAUCACUAUCUGUCGCUUCCUCAGAUCCCAACACACUCUUUUCUUCUACUUUGAAUUUUGUCCCUGAGAAACCACAUCCUAUCCACGCCUGCUUCCCUACUAAACACGGCCUCCGUCUUCUUGAAGUAUUGAUAGACUGGUGAAUAGUGUUACUCCAAUCGCGCCUGAGAUGUUGCUAUUCAAACCCGCUUUUUGCGCUGUUUGCGCCUUUGUUUGGGCCUUCAGUAGCCUUGUCGCUGCUGUUCCAACCCGUGAUUGUCUUCUGUUUGCUGUAGGCUCUCAGUCCAUUCCGGAUGACCUCCAGGCCAUAUGUGUCACCAAUGGCAAACAAAUCAAGGACAAAAUCUCAAACCUCUGUGGUGACGAUACCAAGGUGGCUAUGCAGCAGUUCUCGGAUAUAUGUGCCUCAGCUGGAUACAAGGGUGUGAACGAUAUAUUUACCAUUUCUGGUGUCUCAUCAUCAACUGCUGUUGCCGACCCCACAAGAACCGGUUAUGGCAUUGUCACCCCAACCGGCUCGUCUAGCAUUAUAUUAGUGCCCAGUUCGAGUCCAACUCCCAGCUCUAGCCCGAGCCCAUCACCAAGUGCUCACCCCAGCGGGAUAAUUUCAGCCGGUUCAUCAGACCGUCAUGUUCCUGCUGCAGCAUUCGCAGCUGUUGUUUUCUUUGGAGUCGCGGCGGCACUGUAGUCUUUCUCAGCUGCUGCUGCCAACCCCGGAUUCAUUGCUUCUAAAUUGAUGUACCCGGAGUAUUACUCGAUGGUGCAAACCAAUUUUUCGGUGUCCUAAAGGGGAAUUCCAAGGAACC